AUGAGCACGAAAUCACCCAGUCGCCCUGUCCGGACGCGCGCGAAAAGAGCAUGCACCACUUGCCAUGCCCGUCGCGUCCGCUGUAACGUCGUCGAGACGCAGCCCUGCGACAACUGCAGGGUGUCGGGGGCUCGAUGUGAGAUUGGUAUUUCUAGAAGGGGAAAGUAUCCUCGCUACAUCAUUAACCCCCAUCCAAACGGGGUGACUGCUCAGCGCUCUAGCGAGAAGGGCUUCGAAACAUCCUCUUUAGCCUCUGAUGUUGCUAGCCGUUCUGUCUCUGGAUGUGAUAGUUUGCGCUCUCGUGAGACUACGAUCGAUCAGAAAGAUGCACUCCCUCAUGAGAGCAAUCAUGGAGGAGGUGUCUCUAACACGGCACCUGUACCUUCUCCUGCAUGCCCUCAUCAGGUGAAAGGAGAGAUGGAUCGAACCGUCUUUUUCGGCGAAUCGAGUCCCUUGACCUGCGUGGUGGACGAAGGACGCAAGUCCCCCGAAGCAGGCGUCGGAGGCCAACUGAGCAAAUUCCGGUGGCAAUACCCCAUUCCCGAAGUGGUCUGUCGCCGGUCUGGCAGUUUUUCGUUGUUUGCCAGUCGCAGAGCAAGAAGAGUCGAGCAGCUCAUGCGCGAAGGAGCGUUUGAUUUCCCUGACCCUCCGGUGUGCGAGAUGCUUCUGCAGGCGUAUUUCGAGUGGUUCCACCCGUGCUUUCCGAUUGUCGACCGUGUCGAAAUUAGCGAGUCCUGUCACAAAAAGACUAUAUCGCCUUUACUGCUCCAGUCGAUGCUGUUCAUCGGUGCGAGUCUCUGUCGUGACGAGGCUUUGCGCGACGCAGGCUUUCAUGAUCGCUACGAGACUAAGUUCCUUUUUUACGACCGCGCGAAAGACAUUUUCGACGCAGAUUGUGAAACAGACUCGUUGUCGAAACUGCAGGCCUUGUUCUUGUUGAGUUUCUGGCGUAGCACUCCGAGUCAUGAAAAAGAUACCCGGUAUUGGCUUGGGGCUGCCAUCAGUCUUGCCCAGACGGGUGAAUAUCAGAUUCACAGGCCUCAGAUCGAAGCUGUCGCUUUUGAGUCCCAAGGAAAGAAGAGUGAGGAAGAGAAUAUGGUGGUCACUCUACGUACGGCAUUCAUGCACCCUUGUCAGAAGCUUGCACUGUUGACAGACUUUCAGAUCCGGGAUCAACAAGUUGCAGCCGCUUUUGGAUUACCCGCGCGAAUCCGAGACGAAGACUGCGACAUUCCGAUGCUCGAAGAGUCCGACUUCGAGGAGGAGGGACCGGUUGGGAACCCUGCUAUAUUCGGGACACCGAAGGUUGAGCACGCACUAUACAUGAUCCAGAUGACUCGACUGGCUAGGCUGCUUCGAGAAGUCGUGUGGACCGCGUACUUGCCUGGAAAGCUGCGGGCAGAACAAGCCGAACGAGACCGACUUCGACAGCGUCUUAUGCAAUGGGAGGCAGAAUUACCGCCGGAAUUAAAGCUCCAAGAUGCGACCGAACGCGGGACGAUGUAUUUUGCGGGAAUGCUGCAUAUGGCGUAUAAUAACCUUUAUAUACUCCUCUACCGUCCAUCAUACCUCGACCCCUCAGACGAACUGAAGAGAAAGGAAGGAAAAACUGCUCUCCAAGCGGCAUGCCAAAGCACAAGGAUUAUAGAAGACAUGCUGUCACAAAACCUAGUCCAGCACGGGCUGCUGCACCUAAUCACGCACAUUUUCUCUGCACUCUGCAUUCAUACGAUUCAUUUCUGCCGCUCGGAGGGCACGGAGAGGAAGCUGGCCGAGCACCGGGCCAAGCUAUGUCUUCUCGGGCUGAAAGAAUUGCAAAAGUCGUGGGACCUCAAUUACUGGGUGUUGGAGAUCUUCUUCCAUUGCUUGGAUGAGAGCACGGCAGAAUACCUGCAGUUAUCGGAAGAAAAGAGCCCGAAGCGAGGAUCGACGCCGACGAAGCAGUCCGCUCGUAGCACCCAGAGUAUUCCUGAUCUCAGCAACGGCAACAGCAACAGCAACAGCACUCCCAGUUCAGCGGAACUAUCGACAGAGCACGACGUCGCGGGACCCGGCCCGCAGCCAUGUGAGGAACAGUCCCAGCCCCAGCCCCAGCACCAGCAGCAGAUAUGGUCCGAGAACGGGCCGCAGCAGCCCUUCACACCUUCCAACAACGAAAUAGGAGAUAUGCCAAUUGACCUAUGCGAACCGUUCCUCUUCGAAGAGGAAUUUUCUAAGAAUUUCAAAGCGCAACUUCCUGAAGUGACCUACCUGCGAGGACAAAAAGAAAUGGCUCCAUCCGCCGUGGAACCUGCAACUUCUGCUACAACAAGUCAGUCGGAGCCUUCGGGCCUAACGAAGGAACAGCUCGACUUCUUCAAUGAAAACGGCUACCUCGUGAUCCGGGGCUUCCUCAGCGCCGACGAAGUCCAGUCGCUGCUGACAACGACGCACGACCUCCUCGACAACUUCCCGCUGGAGAGCCACCCACUCACGCGAUUCACGACGGGCGACGACGUCGACAGCGACAAGAACGGGAAACACGUCGGCGACGAGUACUUCCUUUCGUCGGGGGACAAGGUGCAUUUCUUCUUUGAGCCGGAGGCCGUGGCGCCGCCAGACGACAAACAGCAGCGACCCCGACUGCUGAAGCCCAAGCAGCAAGCCAUCAACAAGAUCGGGCAUGCGCUGCAUGCGAAAUCCCCGCCUUUCCAGCGCGUGACGCUGUCGCGCCGCAACGCCGCCAUCGCCGCCUCGCUGGGUUUCCGCGAUCCGCGCUGUCUGCAGAGCAUGGUCAUCUGCAAGCAGCCGGGGAUCGGGGGCGCGGUGCCGCCGCACCGGGACUCGGAGUUUCUGUACACCAGCCCGCCGUCGGCGGUGGGAUGGUGGAUUGCGCUUCAGGAUGCCGGGGCUGGGAACGCCUCGCUGGGCAUGUGGAAGGGGAGUCAUCGCGGGAGGAAAGGAGGACACAUCCGCCGGCGGUUUGUGCGCGCAGAGGAAGGGGGCACAAAGUUUGUGGAGAAUGACGGGCCCGGGUUACCACGAGGGAUGGAGGAAGAAGAAGAGCCUGAAAGAGAAAACAAUAAUACUGGCGUGGAAGAAGGCACUGACUUCGAGAUCCUCGACGUCAAAGCGGGCGACCUGGUCCUCAUCCACGGCAACGUCCUCCACAAGAGCGAGAAGAACACCAGCAACAAGAGCCGGUUCGCCUACACGUUCCAUGUCAUCGAGGGCGCGGAGGGAUGGACAUACGACGAGCGGAACUGGCUGCAGCCUCCGCCGGAGGGGUUUUCGAGGCUGAAUGAUGCGGUUGCAUGA